AAAUAAUUGAGGACCUGUUUGGGGAGAGAGAAAAAGCAAGAGAGAGAGAGAGAGAGAGAAAUUACGAUGGGCGAGAUAUCAGAGACGACGAUGACGAUGCAUCAGGAGCAGAAGAAGAAGAAGAAGGGUCGCCCCUCUCUCUUAGAUCUCCAAAAACGCUCUCUAAAAGAACAACAACAACAAAACUCUAAUUCUUUCAAUUUGAGCGCUAACCCUAGCCGUCGCGCCACUCGCCGGAACUCUGACCCGGACCGGCCGGAGUGUAUUUCCGGCGUAGAAGACGACGACGAACGGAAAGAAAAGAAGCACAAGCUCCUACUCGGUCUGAACCCCCAUCCACAUUACACAACAGUGUCGCCGAAUUCCUUGUCGAUUGGCUCGAGUCCGUCCGGCUCUGAUUCGAAUGCGGAUGUCGAGGAUCCCGAGGCGGCGAUCAAGAGGCGCAAGAUCAGCGCCGUCCAUCUCGGAACUGACGCAAUAACGGGCGAAAGGGUUUGGAAAGCGACAGACACCAUACAUGGGUCGCAGGUGGAGUCCGGUCCCACGACACCUUUGCCAGACAAAAAGUUGCUGGUGUUCAUCCUUGACAGGCUUCAAAAAAAGGACACUCGUGGGGUAUUCUCGGAGCCUGUAGAUCCGGAAGAGCUUCCUGAUUACCAUGACAUCAUUGAGAACCCAAUGGAUUUUGGAACCGUGAGGAAGAAACUAGACGGGGGAGCUUAUGCCAACUUGGAACAGUUUGAGAAAGACGUGUUUCUAAUAUGUACAAAUGGGAUGCAGUAUAAUGCUCCGGAUACUAUUUAUUUUAGACAGGCAAGGUCUAUGUUAGAGUUGGCAAAAAAGGACUUCAAAAAUGUGAGGCAAGAUAGUGAUGAUAAUGAGCCACAACCCAAAGUUGUGCGGAGAGGUAGACCUCCAGGAAAAAACCUGAAGAAGUCCCUUGGUAGAUCUCCUUUUGAGCAUGUUAGUCCUGAGCCUUCCUCAGAUCCAGCUCUUGCCUCUGUAGGAGGUAAUGCAGGGCAGUCCUAUGCUUACAAUCUAAGAAAAGCACCUACUUCAGACAAGUUGCCCCUUGCUGAUGCAUUGGUCAAGGUCUCCCAUGGGUCUCAGAACAAUGAAACUUGUACGAGUCGGCGGUCUGAAUGGGAGAAUGAAUUUCCAGCUUCUGUUUUGAAGAGUGUUUUGAAGAAUGGGAAGAACCAAUUUGCUAUAGAUGAGAAUAGGCGUGACACCUAUAAGCACUCGUUGGAUACUGGUCAUGGGCUAUCCAUCUUGGCCAACCUUGAAGGAGAAUUGAAGCAACUAAUGGCGGUAGGUAUACACUUGGAGCAUGGUUAUGCAAGAAGCAUCACUCAAUUUGCAGCAGAUCUUGGGCCUGUAGUUUGGAAGAUUGCUUCAAAGAAAAUUGAAAGAGUUUUACCCGUCGGACUCAAGUUUGGUCCUGGAUGGAUAGGAGAAAACGAGGCAUUAAAGCACCUGCAGUCUUUAUUUACUGAGGAGAAAUCUUCAGAGAGCUCAAUACCAUAUGACAAUACAAGCAAGCUUCUCCAUCAGAGCACAUCUGACUCAAACACUGUUUUUGCAAAUGGAUUUUUGUGGCAAGGUCGAGAAGACUUUGAAAGUACAGAUUUAGAUUCUAAAAGUGAGUUGAUUUCACUGAAGAGUAGUAUUGGUGGAAGAGAACCUGUGCCUCGUUUUGGGAUUCAGCAGAAACACUCAAUUUGCUCUGAUAUCAAUGGUUUAAAUGGUGGGUUUGGGUCAGAUACUUCAGUGCCAUCGCAAAUGCUUGGUAUAGAUUCAAGUGGCAACACUACCAUCUGCCCAAUGUCUAGAAAGAAUCAUGAAUCAAAUGAAGCCGGGUUCCCUGAAACUGCAAGAACACAUUCUGGAAAUUUACUGGCCCUAGGCUCUGGUACGACAUCAGAAGUGGUGCUUGGUGGGAAAGCAUCUUGGCAGAGAUCGGCAAUGCACCAUAAGAAUGGUUCGUUUUCUUUUCCUCCCGACCUAAAUGUGAGCUUUCGGCAAACAGGUUCACAUAGUUCUAAUGUCCAGAUUGAAGCAGCUCAGCAGCCGGAUUUGGCAUUGCAGCUCUGAAGAUUGGUUGGUUAUAUUUCUUUCAAUUGACCUUGGGGUGGAGCUCUUGGGAAUAUAACCAUUUUGAGAAAGCGAGAAGUUUUGUAUAGAUUAAUAUAUCCAAUUUUUAGGUUGAAGAUGGAAGUUAAUUUGAAACAAA